CAUUUCAGCGCUCAUUCCUCAUCCAAUUUUACAAUCGUCAACGGAAAAGUUGCACUCGAUUUCGUCAAUUUCCUGUUGACAGCUGUGAAGAAUGGAGAAGCAGCAGGAGUUGGAAUGGGAAGCAGCACAGAGCACUGAGAUCAAUGUUGACCUUGUUUCCGCGGCAAUUAGGCAGCUCAAGUUUCUGGCGGCUGUUGAUCGGAACCGUUGGCUCUAUGACGGCCCUGGUCUAGAUAGGGCCAUUUACAGGUACAAUACUUAUUGGCUUCCAUUGCUGGCGAAACAUUCUGAAUCACCACUUUUUGAAGGUCCAUUGGUUGUCCCUUUGGAUUGUGAAUGGAUUUGGCAUUCUCACAGGCUCAAUCCACUUAGAUACAAAAAAGACUGUGAGGAGUUCUAUGGCAGAAUUCUUGACAACAAGAAUGUCAUUUCUUCUGUGGAGGGAACUUCAAGGAAGCAAACUGAAGACAUGUGGAAAACAGUAUACCCAGGCGAGCCGUUUGAACUAGAUUUGGAACUUCAGCAAGAGAAUAUCUCUGGUCAAGGAGUAGUGGCAGAGAAUUGCACGAAGUAUGAUUUGAUCUCAGCUGUUCAAAGACAAACUCCAUUCUUUUAUCAGGUCUCCCAACUCCAUAUGAAUGACACUCGCUAUAUUGGAGGAGCUGUGGCAAGGUACAAAGGAUUUCUGCACCUAAUCAAGAGAAACAAGGAGAAAGGCAUCAAGAGCUUCUCUGUUCCCACUUACGACAUUGACCUUAUCUGGCACACUCAUCAGUUGCAUCCAGUUUCUUAUUGUGAAGAUCUUGUAAAACUAAUGGGAAAGAUUUUAGAACAUGAUGACACUGAUUCUGAUAGAACAAAAGGCCAGAAACUGGAUGUUGGGUUUACUGGGACGACCAAGACAUUUGAGGACCUGUAUGGACGUAGGUAUUGGAGAGCUGGAGCAAUGUAUAAGGGUAGUGCCCCUUCACCCGUCAGACUUACUCCUUACUCUGGCACUAUCAUGAAGAAGGUGCCAAGUUUUAAUGAGAGCCCAAAAGUAGCACUUCCUGCAAUUAAAGUUUUUGAGGUCAUGUUGGAGUUUGUAGGUGUAAGGAAUCUGCCAGAGGGACACAAUGGAAUUCUCUGUGUGUCCUUUAGUAAAUCGCAACCAGAUAUGAUCUUCAAUGCAAAGAGAACCCUUAAAAUUUUCUCUGAGUCUGGUGAGAAACAAGUGGCAUCCUUCCAGUGUCAGCCUACUGGGAACCUGCUCUUUGAACUCAUGUCCUCAUCUUCUGUUUCAUCCCUCACAAAAUUAUCCAAGAAAAUGGGCACCACUUUCAUAUCUCUGGAAGACUUCCUGUCACCUGACUCCAAUCUUACAGUGGAAAAAUGGUUGGAUUUGGUUCCUAGUUCAAACAUCACGGAAUCCAAACCUAUUGGCUUGCGAGUGGCCAUGUCAGUUACCAUACCUACCCCAGCACCAUAUACACUUCAUAUGGUUCGCUCUCGGCCAUUCUUGAAAAGUUCUUGCUUGUUCCCACUGCCAGUCAGGGCCCAGUUCUCUAAAAAUGGGACACGCAUAGUAGAUGAGGAUGGGAACAUGGUGCUCAACCUACAUAUGAGAGAUCAACAGAAGUCAAAAGGCAAGAAAGAAUCUAGAAGAAAAGUAGUGGUUGGAAUCAUGGAUUCGGGCAAAACAUGUAACCUGGCUGAGUUUGCAGAGUCCAAAUGGUCUAUGGUGAAUUCUCCAUGGUCCCUUAAGCUUCCAAAUGGAAACAAUGAUGACGGACACCUCUUCGAGAUGACUGGUCCUCAAACUGUAAGACUUUUCCCUGGUGGAAGGCUGGACUACGAAUCAAGGCGUUGCAAAAAACACAAAGCUGAGUAUCAACAUGAACCUCACCUAAUUACAGCUGUAAAAUUCUCUGUUGAAGAGCCUUAUGGAACAGCAGUGGCAUUACUUGACAUGAAGUCUGGCACUAUUAAGGUCAAAGAAGAAUGGUUCAUUUUGCCUGGCCUCGUAGUUAAUUUUAUACUCGGUAACAUAUUGAAGAGAGAAGGGCGUUUUAGCAUGAUACUGGGCAGCGAAGAAGUCUCAAAUGAAGUACAUAAUCCUGCAGUAGGAAGUGAGACCAACCAGACUCCACUGCAGAAGGACGUGGGUGUUAAUGCAGCAACUAACAAACAAAAUGCUUUGACUUCAGCAAACACAGGAGUUCUCACUGGAAGUUGUGGUGGAGGAUGUGGCAGCGGAUGUGGUAAUGCAGUGAGGACCGCAGAGUCCGGGGGAUGCGGGGGAUGCGGUGGUAGUGGAUGUGGAAAUAUGGCAAAGUCUGGUGGUUGUGGCAGUGGUUGUGGUGGUGGAUGUGGAAGCAUGACUGCUAAAGAUGGUGUCAGCGGUGGCUGUGGUGGUGGAUGUGGCGGUAGCGGUGGCUGUGGUGGUGGAUGUGGAAGCAUGAUGGCUAAAGAUGGUGUUAGCGGUGGCUGUGGUGGUGGAUGUGGUGGUAGCGGUGGCUGUGGUGGUGGAUGUGGAAGCAUGAUGGCUAAAGAUGGUGUUAGCGGUGGCUGUGGUGGCUGCGGUGUUAGUAGUGGUGGGUCUAGGAACAUGGUGGCUGCGGGGGCGGCUGUGGAAGCAAGUUAGGACGUGUGAGCGAUGGAGGCAUAAAUCAAGAGAUCGUUG